AUGAGGAAAGCUACUCGUGACUACUCCUUACAGCAUCCAAACACUGAGGCGCAGGUGGAAGUGCUCGCCUCCCUCUCUUCGUUUCGAUAUGAUGACAAAACGAUGCGGAAAUGUUUGCGUAAACUCCAGCGCCACUGGGAAACUGGCACGUCGGAACUGAUCUGGAAAAACGAUCUUAGUCCCAAUAUCGGCGCUAUCGUAGCAUCGGCGGAGGAGAAGACCGUCAUGGAAAUCGCUGAUACUAUCGUUGACCAUGAUCUUCCGUUUCAAUGGCGAGCCUGGCCGGAAGCGCUCGCAUUGGCUGUCGGACAGAAAGUCGUUCAAAACGGCGAUGAUGAAAAGCUUUUCGCUAUCGAGGAUCUCCCGGAAUUCAUAUUACCUCUUCCUGGUGGGCGAAUUGAACUACUCAGUGGACUCAACCGAGAGGAUAUGAGUAAGUGA